AUGUCGCAAACGGACCCUAUUGCCCCUAUUGUCACAGCGUCUAUACCACCAGGACCAACUGUCUGGUCGUUAGCUCUAGAUACCGGCAGGUCAUUAGCUCUGGAUACAGGGGACGGCUCUUCCCUAAUCAUUCAGACUGAGUUGCCUAGAACUACAUCGAAAAAUGUCGAAGGGGUACCAAACUUGGCCUCGGAAACCGUCAGCAAUGCUUCCACUACGAUCCAAUCGCAGAGUAUGGGACAGAAUACGACAAGUCCUUCGUCUCCCGGCCAAACCAGUAACAAAACUUGGAUCGCAGGUGCUGUGAUCGGACCAAUCGCUUUCAUCCUUCUGCUUGCAGGAGCCUUCUUCCUCGGACGCCGUAGCCGAAGAUCGGCGAAGUCGCCCAGGAGUUUCAGCCGUCUCAACAGCCAUGAAAUGGGCCAGACUGGGGAGAAACCGCCGGAACAAGCACCCAUGCCCGAACUACACGAAAUCGGCAUUGUUCCUUCCCAAGAACUUUACGGCUCGUUUCCAGAGCAUCCAACUGUUGCCGAAAAACCUUCCAACGAACCAUUAGCCCAAGAGUUACCCGCUUCAAUACCCCAGGCCAAGAUAAAUGGAAAGGGAUGUUGCGACAAGGAAUACGGGGCUGGGCUGAUACCGGACAACUAA